AUGAAAACUUGUUUGGAGAAACAUCAUCCUUCUGACAAUAUGACUGACUCUGAUUCGGAUUCAGGAAUAAAAAGACCGAAAAGUAAAAAAUCUUUGACAGCUAGUGUACAGGACCUUGUUGAGGGAAGCCAACCGUCAACUUCGGGAGCUGUUGUGCAGAAGUUCGAUGCUGGCAGUAAUGCCAGUUUACAACAAACAAUUGAAAUCUCAUAG